AUGCAGUUCACUGUCGUUGCAGCUCUAGCUUCACUCGCCGUGAACGCGGUCUUUGCCGCCCCUCUCGCCAGCUCUCAAGAUCAGAUUUCCCCUCGUAAAGCGACGUACGAGGUUGUCAACGUCGCAGGACCUCAAACCACAUCCGUUGCCCCAGUCACAGAGACUUUGACACAAACAAUCGAACUGGUCACCACUGCCACAAAGAUUUCACCAUCAUCAGUGAUGGUCACCGUGUACGCGACCAGCAAGCCCGCCUCAAGUCCGGUGCCAAGUUCACAUGAUACUCCUUCACCUGGCGCCUCUCCAUCGCCUUGUCAUCAAGCGAGUAGUGGCAUGCUUCAUCUGACCCCGAUGCCCACAAGUGUACUUUUCUAA